UUGGCAGGUAGACUCGAUGCUCUCCGCAGUGUCAACAUCGUCACCGUGAGAGUACUGGGGAUGGUAAUGAUGCAACUGUGCCGCAAAAAUGAGAUCCUGAGUAGUAUAUAGUUUCUUGUUUGCUCUCUCAUGUUACACCAAUCCAUCAUCACCUUCACGCAUUCUCACAACGUUCCAUCAUAUUAUCAGAUUGUCUUCGGCAUCGAAUUUCUUUCUAAUUCUGUCUUGCCUCAAUACCCAAAAAGCGACAGCCAUGCGAGGAUUAUUCAUCAAUCUCCUCUUCCUAGUCACUACGACUGUGGGGUACUUGGUUCCAACACCAAGCGGCAAGUACAAUGUCACAGUAACGACCGGGACACUCACAGAUCAUACCCGUAAUGAUCGAGAGUUGAUGCUAUCAGUAUUUGAACCUGCAAAGUGCUCAUCAACUGCAUCCAUCCCUUACAUGCCGAACACGACCGCCAAUUUCCAAGGAUCAUUUCUUGAACAGAUCUUUGGCUUACCUGUCAAUCUCUCGCCCUUGUUUCUCGAAGCUCGACUACCAGUGUGUCCUAGUCCUGGCCACCGCCAUGCAGGAAACUGCUCGUCUUUAGACGAAGACACGCCUAUCCUACUUUUCUCACCUGGCUACAGCAUCCCUCGCCUUUAUUACAACUAUCUCGCAUCUUCCAUUGCAAGUGAGGGUUUCAUAGUCAUCACUAUCGAUCACCCUGGUAAUGCAAACAUCAUUACAUAUCUUGACGGCCACACAGUCAUCAAUAACGACACUGUGCAGGACCUCGAAACCAUCGCGAAGCAAAUACCGAUAGUCGCCGCUGAUGCAUCUUUCAUCGUCGACCAACUCACCAACGCCACAGCUAUAGGCGAGCUGCUCCCCCAUCGCGGUCCACGGGCAUUCUCAACAGAUCGUAUCGCUAUGUUCGGGCACUCUCUAGGCGGCGUAUCUGCCGUCAUCGCCGCCGGUCAAGACUGCCGCUUUCGUGGCGCCAUUAAUUGGGACGGCACAUUCCUGGAAAUGCCAGUCAAUCUGUCCCAGCCAGUACUGCUCAUGAGCCAUGGACAUGCCGAUGAAAGCUGGCUUGCAGCAUGGCCAUUUCUCAAGGGACCGAAGCUGUGGAUUGAUAUUGUGAAUACGACGCAUCUGACUUUUUCGGAUGGACCUACGCUGUUUGAGGCAAGUGGACAGGAUCCUGCGGCGUUGGGCGACUUUCUGGGCACGAUUCCACCAUCUCGGAUGGUGCCGAUUCUGGUGGAGUAUUCGACUGCUUGGAUGAAUGGGGUGUUUGCUGGGAAGGUCGGGGGCCCGCUGUUGGAUGGGCAGGAGCCGGAAAAGUUUCCAGAAGCUUCGGUUGUGUUGAAGGAUAAUUAUUGAAACUGAAGGCGAGAGACGACUUGCAAAAGAUGAAUAUAAGUUGCUAUCGAGAAAGGCCGCGACGAAUUUGUGUUUAUCUCGCUUAAUUCUGUUUUGGAGGAAAGAGGGCGGGGUGGGGUGCCUUGGACUUGUAGUAUUCUAGAUCGGUCACGAAACUAAAUUCGCUGUAAUCCUUCUGUAUGAAACAAUUUGAAGACCGGUUUUCCUCCAAACAACAAACUUCCGUGCUCAGUUAAUGCCCA